AUGGGGCUGAUCACGCUGCACUACCGACGCAAGUACUACCCGCGCAAGAGCCAGCGCCCGCGCCCGCCGCCCAUCGAGACGCCCGUGCGGUCGCCGCACGAGCGCAAGCCCGAGCCGAUCGCGCUCGAUAUGACGUCGACGCCCAAGUACAUCCCGACGUUUUCGAUACUCCAAGACGAACAGGACGAAGUCGCGGGACCGUGGGUCCACCACCAUGUCGGCGCGACGCACGGCCCCAACGGCGUCUGGUCGUCGUCGUCGGUGCAACUGCAUCGGAGCACCGAGACGGGCAGCGAGCGCACGCCGUCGAGCAAUCUCACCAGUAGCUACGUCGACCGCAUGGUGAGCCCUCUCGGCGCGAAGUCGCGCUCGAAAGAUAGUUUCUACAUCUAA